AUGCUCAACAUCGCAGUCGUGGGCGGCGGCGGUCUGAUAGGGAAACGGCAUUGCCAACACGUCUUGGGCAACCCACGGACGACCCUCUGCGCCAUCGUUGACCCUACCGAUGCUGCGUCAGUUCUCGCUGAUGAGCACGAUGUUGCUUGCUACAAGAACGUAGCGGAAUUACUUGGAAGUGUUCACCGUCCGGACGCGGCUAUCGUCUGCACACCCAAUCACACGCAUGUCGAUGUUGGGAUCCAGCUUGCUCGUGCAGGCGUACACAUCCUCUGCGAGAAGCCAAUAUCGAGCGAUCAGGCAAGCGCAGCAUCACUAGUGAAGGCUGUCGAGGAGUGCAAUGUCAAGUUGCUGGUCGGACACCACAGGCGCUUCAAUCCAUAUAUGCAGGCACUCAAGAAGGUCGUUGACUCUGGAGUACUCGGCCAGAUCAUAGCCGUGAACGGGCUUUGGACGACGAUCAAGCCUUCAGAGUACUUCCAGGGCAUCAACAGCUGGCGACGAGACAAAGCUUCCGGGGGCCCAAUCCUGAUCAAUCUGAUACAUGAUGUCGAUCUGAUGCACUUCUUGUUCGGGCCUAUAGCCAGUGUGCAUGCUGAGAGUACGCCAAGCCAGAGGCCGAAUGGAGUUGAUGCCGCUGAAGAGGGUGCUGCGAUUCUGUUCAAGUUCGAGAGCGGUCUGGUUGGGACGUUUCUGAUCAGUGACAAUGUUGCGUCACCUCAUAGCUUCGAGCAGGGGUCUGGGGAGAAUCCGCAUCUGCCAAAGACUGGCAAGGACUUUUAUCGCAUCUUUGGAGCAAAGGGGACGAUCAGCUUCCCUGACAUGACGCUGUCGAGCUAUGAUGCGUGGACGCCUCGUGGAAUAAUGUGA